AUGAACCACAUCCAGGCAGUGAAGGAAGUGUUUAGCAAGGUUAGUUUCAGCCGUUUCACAAGUAUAGAAGCUCGUAUUGACACUCUGCGUUUGAGAAACUUGCCCGCCAUGACAACGGCAACCUCCCCCAGCAACAACAACAGCAGCAAAAACGCCACGACGAAGCUUCGCGGCCGCAGUUUAUAUGACAAGAUGGGACAGCCGAAAACCGUCGUUGCUCCCAUGGUGGACCAGUCUGAGCUAGCGUGGAGGAUACUCUCGCGGAGAUACGGCGCCGAGCUCUGCUACACGCCCAUGUUCCACGCCAAGUUGUUCGUCACGAGUCCAAAAUAUCGCGAGAGCAUGUGGAAUGAAAAAGAUGGCGCUUUUGGGAACGAUAGACCUUUAGUUGUCCAGUUUUGCGCGAAUGACCCCGAUUACUUGCUCAAGGCGGCUGAAAUGGUUGCUCCGCGGUGUGAUGCCGUGGAUUUGAACUUGGGGUGUCCUCAGGGGAUAGCGCGCAAGGGGAAAUACGGCGCGUUUCUCAUGGAUGAUUGGGACUUGGUGCACAAGUUGAUUAAGAACUUGCAUGAUAAUCUUAGCGUGCCCGUGACUGCCAAGAUACGAGUCUAUGACGAUUGGGACAAGUCUUUGCAGUAUGCCCAAAUGGUUUUGGACGCUGGUGCCCAGUUCAUCACUAUCCAUGGCCGAACCAGGGAGAUGAAGGGUCAGCAAACUGGGCUUGCCAAUUGGAAGAUUUUGAAAUAUUUGAGGGAUAACUUACCUGCUGAUCAAGUGUUUUUCGCCAAUGGCAAUAUUCUAUACCCAUCGGAUUUGAAGCGGUGUCAAGAGGAGACCACGUGCGACGCAGUCAUGUCGGCGGAGGGAAACUUGUACAACCCUGGUGUGUUUUGGACUAAAGAUGACGACAUGGAUAAACAAUUUCCUAGAGUUGACAAGAUACUACGGGAAUACUUCGAAAUUGUCAAGGAAGUGGAUAGUCCCGCCUCGCGACACGCGAUGAAGUCGCAUUUUUUCAAGAUGCUCCACGAGUUUUUGAAUGUGCAUACCGAUUUACGAGCUCGGAUCGGCAAGACUAGCGUUCACCACACUUUUGAAGAUUGGAAUGGCAUCGUGGAAGAGGUUGAGCGGAUCGUGGGUGAGAUUUACGAGAAACCCGACAUUAAGCAGCUCGAUGUGGUGAAAGAUGGACCAGUUGAAGAUUGGGGCGCAUGUUAUAAAGAAGUACCAUAUUGGAGAUGUCAGCCGUAUUUCAGGAAAGUUGAUGGGGAAAAACAAAAUGCGAGGUCGUUGAAAGUUGCAGGAGAAACGGAACUACUCGUCACAUCUGACGCCGCCAGGAACAAAACGGCAAAGAGGAUGCUAGCGGAGGAGGAGAAAGGACAGUCAGAAAAGAAAGAAGAGCAAAGGCCACUCAAGAAACAAGCGGUAUAG